AUGGAUGUGUUGCGUCAUGUGAAUUUUGGACUUGAUAGUGAUGUUGUUGUAGCUUUUGAUACUUCUGUAAACAUCACCAGCAAUCAGGCGGGUAUUAUGAAUAAGACACAAGAGAUUCAGGAAACAUUCUUACCUUUUAGGAAUACCUCAAAUCAAACAUCAAUCAUAAACUCUACAAUUACUUGUAUUCCUCCCAUUCCAUCAGGUUCCAGUCAGGAAACGUAUUAUCUUUACCAGGUGUACAAAAUAAAGAAAAACCUUAAUACAUCUCUUGUAGUUCGUCCGUUGGGGAUAUGGGAUUCAAUAAAUUCUACAAAAAACUUAAAGCCAUUUUGGGAUAUAGAAAAUCGAGGAGAUUUUCAUCAAUUUCCAAUUAUUGUUGGUCAUUAUGAUGCAGCUGCUGAUGGACCUAUGAAAGAAAGCGAAAUAGACAUUGGCAAGACUUAUUUCGUUAAUUAUUUUGCAAGGUUUUUGAAUUCAAGCAAACAAUUUGUUGGUUAUAUAAAACUUGGACAUAGAGAAAAUGGCGAAUGGACGGAUCUGCUUGAUGCUAUUCAAGAUGGAAAUGUUGAUAUUAGUGGUCAAGGUAUAUCUAAAACCACCGACAGAAUUAACGCUAUGACAUACAGUUUUGAUAUUUUAAUGAAUUCGAGAAACAUAUACAUUGAACCUGUUGAAUCUGAGUCUUUGCGAGAUAUUUUCCUAAUACCUUUUGAUUCAAGGCUAAUAUUGGGUGUUGCCGGAACAGGUUUAAUUUUAUCAAUUGCUAUGACUAUCAAUAAUUGGCUGCAUGCAAAAUUUCGUCCGCAAAACAAGGAAUCAAAGAGAAGAGAAUUUUCAGAAUCCAUUGUUUGGUGUGUAGGAAUUUUUACACAACAAGGAAGUAUAUGGAAAACAAGGUCCCUCACAGAAAAAAACCAUUGUAAUCGUAGCUUUGUUUUUGACAGUUCUUAUAUACAAUUCUUAUUCGGCGUUUAUUACGUCUAUUUUAUCAGUUGA